CUAUGAGAGCACAUUCCAAGUGAACCCCGGCUUAGACAAUGAGGGGUGGGACAAAACUGUAUAUUUUAAAAUCUGUAAUCUAACCCCUAAAUCAAGAACAUUGCUCAAAGUUUGCUUUACACUUAUCGAGAUGGAGUCGUCAGGAGUCGAUCAGGGAAUGUUUAUUUCCAAGCGGAAGAAGACUGUUUCUUCUCCGAGCGGCAGUUUCUUGUUUUCGGUUUAUCAGCUCGAGAUUUGACUGGAGAUAUAUGCCACGACUCGGUAUGCUCUGCGUUACGCCGAUCUACGCAAUAUUUCGCUUGAGGAAAUACGACUGAUCGGAUUGUGAGUGAAUGAAAACCGAACUGUAAAGAGUUGAACUAUUGAGUUUACACCGAGAGUGCCAGGAUGUGGAAAAAGUUAAGGAUCCAGCACAUCUGGAUAUGACUUGCGCCGCUGAUUUCACUAUAUUCGCCGUUAGGAGAUAAUAGUUUUACGUUUUGAGUAAUGAGAGACAGUUUCAUAAACAGAUGAAGUUUGAUAAACUUGAUUCGUGAGUGAACGCAAGACGAAAAUCAGACAUGAAGGCUUCUGAGAUGCUCGCUGUACUGUUAGUUUUACUGUAUUCGGGGAGAUACGCAACUCUUGCAGAUAACGUUUUGACAGACUCUCCCCCAGAGAAUGAUAAAGGCGAAGUGGGCGAUAUACAGUGCAGCUGUGAGAACCCAUAUGGCUGUGAAAACAACACCUGCUGGGGCCGUAUUUGCUUCUACAGUUCAAUCCACGGGCGGGUAUCAAGGGGAUGUUUUUCCACCGGCGAGCAGUGCUACGUGCCUGAUGUACCUGGAGUUUAUACCAAGUGCUGCUACAUGAACUUCUGCAAUGCAAACCUCAGCAUGCCUGAAAUAACAGGCAUGCCCAUCAGAGUGAUUCUGUUGGUGGGAGUGCCAUUGUUGGUGCUGCUGGUGUUGUUGAUGGCAGCCUGUGGGCUCGUGUUGUGGCUGCGUACAAGGCGACAGCACCACCAGCUGGUGGAACAUGACAUCAUGCCCAAAGUCCCCAGUGGAGGGGACCCAACAUAUGGGGAUAUCUUUGAUGAGUUUUGUACGUCCGGCAGUGGGACUGGCCUGCCUUAUCUGGUGCAGAGGACCAUGGCUCGACAGAUCUCUCUGGUUGAGUGUGUUGGUAAAGGGCGUUAUGGAGAGGUAUGGAGAGGCACCUGGAUGGGAGAGAGUGUGGCUGUCAAGAUUUUCUCCUCCCGUGAUGAACAGUCCUGGUUUAGAGAGACUGAAAUCUACAACACGGUCCAACUAAGGCAUGAAAACAUCUUGGGCUUCAUAGCAUCAGACAUGACGUCUAAAAACUCCAGCACUCAGCUGUGGCUGGUCACGCACUUCCACGAGUUGGGCUCCCUCUAUGACUUCCUGCAGUACAGCACGCUGGACCCCGAGGGCUGCCUGCGCAUGUGCCUGUCCAUCGCCAGCGGCCUUGUGCACCUCCACACAGAGAUCCUCAGUACACAGGGCAAACCAGCCAUCGCACACCGAGACCUGAAGAGCCGCAACAUUCUGGUGAAGAGAAAUGGCGAAUGCUGCAUUGCAGACCUGGGCCUGGCUGUCAUUCACUCUCAGUCUAAUGAUUAUCUGGAUGUGGGAAACAACCCGAGAGUGGGCACCAAGCGCUAUAUGGCACCGGAGGUUUUGGACGAGAGUAUUCGUGUUGACGUUUUUGAGUCCUAUAAACAAACUGACAUCUGGGCCCUGGGUCUCGUCUUGUGGGAGAUAACUCGUCGAACUAUUGUAAACGGGAUUGUGGAAGAGUACAGACCGCCGUUCUUUGACAUGGUGCCCUCUGACCCAAGCUUCGAAGAGAUGAAGAAAGUUGUGUGUGUUGACCAGCACAGGCCCAGUCUCCACAAUCGACUACACUCUCAUCCGAUUUUGUCUGCAAUUGCGAAGAUUAUGAAAGAGUGCUGGUUUCAAAGCCCUUCAGCUCGACUCACGGCUCUACGUGUGCGAAAGACCCUCUCCAAACUGGACCAGGACCAUGACUACGACAUAGACAAGCUCAAACUGGACCUCUAGAAUAAACCUCCUGCCGGGCAUUUCCAAAGAAGCUCAAAUCUAUCGGACCUACGUGACAUAUUCAUUCGAGUACAUUUAGACUCUUUUAAAGCUUCUUGUCUUAAGGUUCCACUGAACACGAUUUAUCUAAUCAUGAAAUUACUUCACUGGGAAGUCGAGGCCAUAACUGUGCUGUUCAGUGUUUCUCCUCAAAUAUAUCCGCUCUUCUCGGACCUGCAUAUUUCAACAUGGUGACUCAUUUGUUACUGAAAUUAAAACAAGGUUGAUAAACCCACAAAAUUCUUUUCAGUAUAGUGAGAGUGAGAAAGUUUCUUUCAGGCAGGAUGUGGGUCAUUCAGGACUUCCUAACUGCGGUGUUUCCUGAAAUUCUUAACUUCCUAAAGAUGACUGUAACCUAGAAAGGUUGCCACAUGCUUUAGACUGUUUGUUGCACUUAUUUUUUGCAGCUGUUUUUUGGGUCCAGGAAAGACUAGACCAUGUUUUUAAAGGAAUAGUUCACCCAAAAAUGAAAAUUCUGUCAAUAAUUACUCACCCUCAUGUCAUUCCAAACCUAUAAGACCUUUGUUUAUCUUCGGAACACAAAUUAAAGAUAUUUUUGAUGAAAUCUGAGAGCUUUCUGACUCUGCAUAGACAGCAAUGCAACUGACACGUUCAAGGCCCAAAAUGGUAGUAAGGACAUUGUUAAAACAGUCCAUGUGACAUCAGUGGUUCAAUUGUAAUUUUGCGUUAUGGUAUUUUUCUUUGCGCACAAAAAGUAUUCUUAAGGUUGAACCCACUGAUAUCACAUAGACUAUUUAUAUGAUGUCCUUACUACCUUUCUAGGCCUUGAAUGUGAUAGCUGCAUUGCUGUCUAUGCAGGGUCAGAAAGCUCUCGGAUUUCAUCAAAAAUAUCUUAAUUUGCGUUCUGAAGAUGAACAAAGGUCUUAUGGGUUUGGAACGACAUGAGUGUGAACAACAGAAUUUUCAUUUUUGGGUAAACUAUACCUUUAAGAACAAGAACUGCAUUAAACUUGCACCAAGUAAUUAUAAAACAGAGGACAUACUAAUACAGUGCACUUUUAUAAAUGGUUAAAUAUUUUUACAAGUUUGAAAUGACAAUCACAUUACUCUAGCUGUACUAUAUCUUUUUUUAUAAUGUACAAUAUAUUUGCUUUUUCAAAAACAAUAAUCAAAAAUGUGUAUCCAGGUUCUUUUGCACAAAAUGUCUAUUGUUAUUUUCACUCCAAAUAAUAGUAUUUAAGUAUUAAUAAAACUUCAGAAUGCUGAAGCAGACUGACAAUUUCUCUGCACUAAAAGGGUUUUCAACAGAUUAUUAAAUCUUGAGCAAAUUUUUAUGGGGGAAAAAAUAAAACAAUUAUUUAAUGUAUAAACUAGUGAUUAAUCACAAUUAAUCGCAUCCAAAAUAAAGGUUUUUGUUUACAUAAUA